GUCAGAGCCCUCACAGGAUGUGUGCAGUGCAGCCUGAGAGAGAGCUGGGGUUUCCUUCACUACCAUCAGAUUUAACAGUGCCAAGAGAGAGAGAUGACUGGCAGUCAGACAGCUGGUACGCGGGGCCUGCAGCUGGGACGGUGGCCACUGCUCCUAACCCAUGUUUUCACAUCUUUCCUUUGACUGUGUCCUGCCCUUGCUGCUACUCCUCACAAGAUCUCUGGAAGGGGUCUACGUGGCUGACGUGGGUCAGGAUGCUCAUCUGCCCUGCACCUACUCUCCAGCUACCCCUGAGAAUCUUGUGCCUGUGUGCUGGGGCAAGGGACCCUGCCCUAUGUUUGAAUGUCACAGUUUGGUGCUGAGCACUGAUGGAAGGCAUAUGAAGUAUCGGACAUCCAGCAGAUAUCUGCUAAAGAGGAAUGUCCACAAAGGAGAUGUGACCUUGACCAUAGAGAAAGUAACGUUAGCUGACAGUGGGAUCUAUUGCUGCCGGGUCCAAUUCCCAGGCCUAAUGAAUGAUCAAAAAACAAACCUGGAGCUGGUCAUCCAACCAGCCAGGGUCACCACUGCUCUGACUCCAUGGAGGAACGUCACCGCAGCGGUGCCGAGGAUGCUCACCACCCGGGGACCUGGCUCAGUGGCAGAGACACAAACCCUGGAGACCCUCUAUGGUAAAAACCAAACAGAAAUAUCCACACUAGCUGAUGAAUUACAAGGCAUGGAUGUGACCACCAGAACUGGCCUCUACAUUGGAGUAGGGGUCUCUGCUGGGCUGGCUUUCAUUCUUAUUUCCAGUGCUUUAAUUUUCAAAUGGUAUUCUGAUAGCAAGGACAACUUACAAAAUUCAAGCCUUGUCACUUUGGCCAACCUCCCUCCCCCGGGGUUAUCAAAUACAGUAGCGGAGGGGAUGAACUCAGAGGACAACGUCUAUAUCAUUGAGGAGAACGCAUAUGAGAUGGAGGACCCUUACGAGUAUGAGUUCUGCUACGUCACCAAUGGGCAGCAAUCCUGACAGCCUCCGGGCUGGUCCCUUCCUGCACCACCAGAUCCAACCACUUCCUUUGGGGCCUUGGCGUUGUCUUCAUUGCAAACUCUGAGAUGUGUCAGCUGACUGGCUUUGGAGAGUCUGUCCUUGGCCACUGAGCAGAGUGUUUCCAUGUUCUGAAGAUAACUAUCUCACCUGAGGAUUGAACUGGGAUCUGAACUGGAAUUAGAUAGGCAUGACAUUUCCUCUGGGUUCCAGCCAACAGGGCCACCCAACUCAGAGACUGUAUAGGGAUAUUGGCACUCACAUGGGCAUUUAUAGAGAGUAGGACAUUUAACAUGGGGUCUCUGGAAUUCCAGGGUAUUGUUACAUGAUGAGUGCAGGAAGCUUCUAGAAAGAUAGGGAAAAUUAUGUACUGAGAUAUGUAGGAUUUUUUGUUUUUUUGCUUUUUGUUUUUGUUUUUUGGGUACAGGAAGUCUAAAAGGGCCACUGAUUCUCAAGGAGGUCUUUCACCCAUGAAAGGCUGAAAAACUACUGGGAUAGGACUAGACGGUCUCAAAGGUCCCCUUUGAGUCUCAAAGUUUACACGUCUUUGAAUUUUAACUCUGUAAUAGUAAACAUCACUGCACAGCUCUCCGUGGCCUCAGCUAAGAAGUCUGCUCAGCACAGCAAGGCCUGUGGUGGGCAGGAGCUCCUGGAGAAAAAGGAAGUAUGCUCCAUGUGUGUUGAUAAGUUUUGCUUGUGGUAUACUCAAAGAGAAAGAUUUCUGACCAAGUUCUCCAUUCAUGGAGAGAACUGGAGCUGGGUUUUUCAUGAAAGAAGAAGCAGAGACUGGGACACACAUUCUGUUCUCUGGUGGAAACAAAGUCAAGAGCUCCAGCAGUUCGUAUUGGUCAGCGCCAGACCCCUUGAUGGAUCUCUCUCCACUUCCAAGAUGGUGGAGAGAGACAGUCUGUCCUGCCUAUUUGUUUCCUCCCAGUCUUGGCACAGCUCUGACACAUAACAGAGAUUUAUUAAAUACAUUUGGAGCGAAAAAAAAAAAUGAAAUAAGCAGAAGGGCACCUUUCUGGAAAGACUUUUCCAUUGGAAAGUUCAGAUAGAGCUCUACAACAUCACUUCUUGGGGAACUCAAAAGUACUCCUAAGCCCCAUUUCUGCUCUUAUCCAGGUUCCUUUUUUUUUUUUUUUUUUUUUCCUCAGCAUCAUCUCCCAGCUCAGGUCCUUGGACAUCUGUUACUCUUCUGUCUUUUCCCCCUUUCUGCUGAAUAAAUCAACAGUAUGGACCCGUGGCUCCCUGAAAAUUGCCUUCCACAGGUGCUGACUAAACUGCUACUGUGGCAUGUACAGGAGAUGUUGGUCACCAAGGAUGCUGGCAGCCUGUUUAUUACAGUGUUUGGGCUGCAUCUAGACAGUCUGGGGAAGCACCGGCUUUCUACAGGGAGAUAUGUAAGGGGGGGGGGGGGUGGUCAUUGUGCAACGUGCCAGGCAGUGGCUCUCACACAAGCUGAAAAAUUAAUCUUGAGUGUUUUGAAGUUAUGAAAUUCCAGAGGGAAGGGACUUUAGGUCGCAUUUUGUUCAGAUCAAUGAUUCCCCCACAAACGGGAUUCUUAUCCUACAAAAAUGUUUAAACAAGCGUCUGUAUACUAGACAAUCA